AUGGAUGAAUUUUUGGUUUCCAAACACCAGAAAUACUUCCAAUUGUGUUUAAAUUCACUUCCGGCAAAAGCGCAAUCGGAAGACUCGAAUAAGUUAGCAAUUGUGUAUUUCUGUAUACAGGGACUUGACCUUUUGGGGAAACUUCAAUUAACGUUUCAAGAGAAGAAAAUAUAUGCUGAUUUCUUGUUUAAACACAUGAUAAUUGACCCUAAUGAUGAAAUUCAGUCUUUCAGAGCAAGCCAAACUUUCAAAUUGCCUCUGUCCCAGAACAAUUACGACUUGCCUAAUUUAGCGGCUACAUUGUUUGCUCUCUCUAGCUUGCUUGCACUUGAAUCUGAUUUUUCUCAGAACCUUAAUCGCCAUAAGCUAAUGAGGUUUGUUAGUAAGUUGCAAAUUCUUAAUGGCCCAGAAAAGGGCGGAUUCAAGCCGGUAUUGGAUCAAAAGGGUGGGCAAGUCGUGGGAGAGUCUGAUUUAAGACACUGUUAUACCGCACUAUGCGUGCGAAAAAUGCUUAAGUAUGACGAGCUUCCGUUGGAAGAGAGGCUUCAUGACAUAGAUGUAAAAUUGGCCGAGAGGUAUAUUCUUGAUAGAGUAAAUUUCAAUGGUGGGCUCAGUUCGAAUAGAUACACCGAAUCGCAUUCCGGGCUAACCUUCUGCGGUUUGGGGGCAUUGAAGCUACUAAAUUACGAUUUUAAUAGUAACGAAACCUGGGUUGCAAACACCAUACGAUGGCUUGUAAAUAGACAGGUUGACUAUCCUCAAACAAUAGAAGCAUAUAGAGAUGAAGAAUAUGAGUACUGGGAUGAAGAUGACAUAGGAGGGUUCAACGGGAGAGAAAAUAAAUUCGGGGACACUUGCUACUCAUGGUGGGUUACCGCUAGUUUAAAGUUAUUGGGGGACCAAUACUUUGAGUGUAUCAAUUUUGGUGCAGCUGAAAAAUAUUUGUUAAGCAAAUCUCAAAGUAGACUUAUGGGAGGGUUUGGUAAGGACAGUCAAAGUUUCCCCGACCCACUCCAUAGUUACCUUGGCAUUGCAGCACUUACUUUGUGGAAGGGAAGGUCUGGGCUAGAGUAUACAGGAGAGAACAACUUAACAGGAAUUGAUGAGUUGUUGGUGAUUUCUCAAACACUGAGCGAUUUCUUGAAACAAAUGGAGUGGAAGUAG